GAGAAAUCUACGUCUCCGCGCUCCGUAGAAAAACCAGAACCAGCGCCGCGCGAUAAGCACCAACAAGAUCACACUCCAUCAAAGCUGUCGGCGGCAUCGAAUGCGGCCAAAGACAGCCAAAAAGAGCACCACCGCACAUCCGAAGGAGCGACGCCAACGUCUCGGCGAUCCGCCGGUAAACCGGAAAAGCCGAUCGCGGCACCGCGCAGCCCACCAGAGCGGCGCUCACCAGAGAAACCAUCGAGCUCGGCGACGCCGGAUAAGAUGCCGACAAGCGCUGCCUACUCGGAGCUAGAGCAGCGGCCGGAGUCGAGCAGUGAUGUGGUACUCGCGUGGCACAGUGCUUCCGGAAGGACUACGUCGCGAGAAUUAGUGCCGCGAGAACAACGAACCCGUACAGACAGGGGUCCGUUCUCCUCGACACUCAGCCAACAAUCUGUGACCUCCGAAUACGAGGGCUUUAUCACUGAAACAAAAGCGGUUUCCUCCAAACCCGAGACGCCAAGCAAGCACCGCGCGUCGGCAUCGUCGGACACCGCAAAGCUGCCCGACAUGCGAAAGUCGUCGUCUGCCGGCGAGCCUCCGAGCGAAGAGCAAUUCGAGGCGGCACCGAGCAACGUGACACAGAAGGAGGAGGAACAGCCGGCAAGAAUGCCACGGUGGAAGCGGCCACUGACAAGAUCACCAAAGGAUCGUUCAGCAGAUGCAGAAAGCAAAAAGACGGCGCCCCUUCCCCUUAGCGCAAAGGACAUCAACAGCUUUGCCUACAAGACAGUGCGCGACAGGCUGCCAGUCAUCUUGACAAAAGUCAUCGACACUGUUUUCAGGGACCGCAUGGAUAUUGAGCGAGUGCUGGGCCUCGAUGCACGUGAGGAGACCAAACUCGUCGUGGCGCGCCUCGCCAAGCUACGCAACGAGAUGGUUACCAACAAGCCCAUGGUACGCAUAGAAGACGACUUCGAAGAUGCGGACAUUUGGAACAGUGUGCUGAAUGAGUACGCGACGAAACACGGUUGUGAACCCCGCUGGUUCGAGGCCCCCUGGCUCUACAUCGAGACCUACUUCUAUCGGCGCAUUUUUGAGGCAUUCCAGCUCACGACCAAGCUGAGAGACUACGACCCCUUCAACAAGCUCAAGCGGGAUGCCCUUUACGGCUCUUUCAAUGCAGUGCGGGCUCUGUGCGACUUUUUGCGCCGGAACACCCCUCGAGAUGCUACCGUGGAAACCCUUCAGCAAACCACCUACAGGCUGAUUGAAGUCUCACUUUGGGGCAACCGUUGUGACCUCUCGCUGUCUUGUGGUGCGGACAGUUCAAGCCAAGCAGGUUCGCUACAGCAGACUGAGAGAUUGCGACAGUACAUCAUCUCUAACCAUGCUGACAAGCUGUUGCAGCAUCUCUGCAGGCUCCGGGAACGAAACUUUAAUGGCGAGUCUAUCCAACUGCAUUGUGUGCUGGACAAUUCAGGCUACGAGCUAGCCACCGACCUGGCUCUCCUCGACUUCCUUUACGAGACUGGAUACGUAGCCACCGUGACAAUCCACACUAAGGCCAUCCCUUGGUAUGUGUCGGAUGUUAUGCGACGGGACCUAUUCUGGACCUUGCGUGAGUUGGAAGACAGUGACCACAUUGCUACACAGGCUCUUGGUGAACGGUGCCAACGUCGAAUCAAGGAUGGAGUGUGGUAUGUAAUGGAUGACGUCUUUUGGACACAAUCAUUCGACUAUGCUGAGAUGGCAACAAGACGGCCUGACCUUUACAAGAUUUUACAGUCAGCAGAUUUAAUACUCUUUAAAGGAGAUCUUAACUACAGAAAACUUGUCGGUGACCUCAGCUGGCACCCCACGGUUUCCUUCAAGAAAGCACUGCGGGGCUUUGAGCCAACAUUUGUAUGUGCCUUGCGCACGUUGAAGGCCGACACCCUAGCGGGCAUUGAUCCAGCGAUUGUCAGCGUUGUGGCCCAGAGGUCACCAGACUGGAUGGUCACAGGCGAGUAUGCUGUGAUUCAGUGCGCUGGAGUGGAAUGUAAGCAAGAGCCAAGCUUACUUCCCACACCUUCAGAUGAACGUAGCCCUAAAAAAUCCAGCACUGGUACAUCAGUGCAUGAAUCAGGAACUUCUGCUUCAGCACAUACAGCUGUGUCAGUCCACCGUGCACAAAGCACGGAUGUACAUCAAGAAGCAAGAGGAUCCUCAAGUAGUGCCCCUGAACAAGCGAGCGGCGCAGCAGUCGGUGCAACAGCUGCUGCCUCGAGCAGUACUUUCCAAGAACCGGGACAGCAGAGUGCCGCUCAUAGCUCUCCACCUGAUGGAGCCAAGAAGCUAAGUGCCACUUCGUGGUCUGUGGAUCAGGAUGCACCGCAGAGAUCUGAUUAGGUCACUUGUAUUUUGCACGCUGACUGAUAGAAUUUUCACUCGUGCCUGCAGGUGCUUUAAAUCACCCUGUUAGCAUGUUACGUGUAAAUAAUACUGUCACUCUACGAGAUAUAUGAUGCUCAAAUGUUGAGAACAAUGCAAUAAAUUGACAUAAUGUAUUGA